AUGACAGGUGCUAGCAAGGGUCCCACAUCGAUUGUAAUCGCUGAGCUUCACCGCCUACGCAACUGCACUUACCUUCCAAGCGUUGUUGACUCGACUGGGAACUUGGUUGCUCCGUUUAGUCGGUUUCGCUGGACAACUGACUGUCACAACCGAAACUCUCGGAUCAUCGAGACAAGUGGAGCCAGACGAACUUUAGAGCGAAGCAAAAAGCGGACUAAUCUCAAUCUUUCACAAUGUUUGUGUCCCGGAUAG